AGAGAAUUCUGCCCCAUCGUCGUAACACGACGCACAUAAUAUUUAUAUUGACAGCUAUUGGCUUCAAUCGGUGUUGGUUAUGCAGAAUUUGAAACAGCCUGCAAUAAUUAAAAGAUUGUUAUAUAACUUUCAAGUCGAAUUGAUUCAUUAGCCAGACGCGGAUGUAAAAAGCAACAACAAAAAAAGCAUGCCUUUGUUUGUCAACAGAGUCAAAUGCAAUCUGUAAAGUAAGAGACCUUUGCACCGCGACGUUGCCUGCAGCAGAAUUAUAAGACGGAAGCAGAAAACAAGCGAACAAGCAAAAAGCUACAACAAUUUCAGCACAGUUGACGCCUGCAGGCGGCUCUUUGUUUUGAUACACACGUGUGUGAGAAAGAAACGUUGUUUGUACACAAAAAGGUCAACCCACAACCAGGAAGCGCAUUGCUCAAAAACUAUUGCUCAAGAUCACAAGAAAAUCAACACACUGAUGGUUUCAAUAAAAAUAACAGUCGUUAGCUAAAUCAAUGUUUCAUUUACAUUUAAUUUGAAAAAAUAGAACAUCCGCACAAUAAGCAGUUAGGCCUAGUAAAGUUAUUUACCACUUUAUUUUCCAAAGUUUAACCCCUUCUCAUUAGAAUAAUUUGCCAACCAAUCAAAACAACAAUGGUCAAUAUUCAUGCGCUGACAAAUAUACACUUUUAUAAACAAGUCUUAUGCACUUUCACAAGUUACAAGAUUAUUUUAAAAUCUAUUUCAUAAACUUAUAUUCUCAAAUAUAUCAAUAUAUUUUUGUGGUAGAGAUAAAAAUUCAAUUUGAUUAUGGCUCUCUUUUUAUAGCGUAAUAUUGUUUAGGUCUACUUUGUGAUUCGGCGUAGUUUCAGUAAUGUCGUGCAGGGAUAUCAUUUGGACAAACGACUGAUGGUCUUUUCACUAAAUUUUCAAAGAUUUUGAGUGUUGCAUUCUGAUCAGCUACAAUGGAGACGUCUAGUGGGGGUAUUGACAAGAUAAUGGUCUUCAGGCCUACAUAUGAUGAAUUCAAAGAUUUCAACAAGUACAUAAAGUAUAUUGAGUCUCAAGGAGCCCACAGGGCAGGCUUAGCCAAGAUCAUACCCCCCAAAGAGUGGGUGCCGAGAAAGUCUGGCUACGAUAACUUGGAUCUGAUGAUCCCGGCUCCUAUAGAGCAAGUUGUGACGGGCCAGCAGGGCUUGUACACACAGUACAAUGUACAAAAGAAACCUAUGCACGUCAAGGAGUUUGAAGAGCUCGCAAACUCUCCCAGGUAUCGCACACCAAAUCAUUUUGAUUUUGAGGACUUGGAACGGAAAUACUGGAAAAACGUCACAUUUGGCCAAGCAAUCUACGGAGCUGACAUCAACGGCUCCAUCACAGAUGACGACCAGGAUUACUGGAACAUAAACCGCCUGGGCACCAUCUUGGACCACGUGAAGGAUGACUAUGGCAUCAAGAUUGAGGGUGUGGUGACGGCUUACCUCUACUUUGGCAUGUGGAAGACGACCUUCGCCUGGCACACAGAGGACAUGGACCUAUACAGCAUCAACUACCUCCACUUUGGUGCCCCCAAGUCCUGGUAUGCCAUACCGCCGGAGCACGGACAGAGGCUGGAAAGACUGGCUCAAGGUUUUUUUCCAAGCAGUUUUUCAGAGUGCCCUGCAUUUCUGCGACAUAAGAUGUCGAUGAUAUCACCUCAUAUAUUGAAGAAGUAUUCUAUCCCGGUCAAUAAGAUCACUCAAGAGGCUGGUGAGAUCAUGAUCACCUUUCCAUACGGGUACCACGCUGGCUUCAACCAUGGGUUUAACUGUGCAGAGUCAACAAACUUUGCGUCGGAGCGAUGGAUAGAGUACGGCAAGAGGUGUUUGCAGUGUAUUUGUCGAAAAGACGGUGUGAAGAUUUCCAUGGAUAUCUUUGUUCAGAAGUAUCAACCCGAACGUUACGAGCUGUGGAAAGCAGGCAAGGACAUAGCGCCACACCCAGAAGGACACAAGGACGGGAACCGUUUGAACAGCAACAGGUCUUCCAAGAAAAAGAUUGAAGCGAAUAGCUCUGGUACAGCUCACUCCCGUCGCCACCCGCUGAAGGACGAUUUUACCGCGGAGUCUGUCAAAGAGGUAUCUGCCAAUGGGUCUUCUGAUGCUCCCAAAUCUAAAUCCCACAAGUCCACCAAAAAAGUUAAGCCACAGCUUCCUUCAGGGGACUCGUCUGGAGACGGCCAAACUGCCCCGAAGAAGAAACCCAGGAAAAAGAAGGCAGCGGAGGGUCCGACUGGUCAGGAGGUCCCAGCGAAGAAAGGGAAACAAAGCGCUUCCAAGAGUAAGAACUCUAAUGUGAUGGUUCCUACAGCAGCAGCAGGGAACUCUCUCAGCCCAGUGAAAAGCCAUGUGGUGCCGCUGACAGCAACGAGUGUGUCGCCAAAGUCGGAGGAGGAUCAGAAGCCACAGGCCUUGGUGAAUCAGGACGAGCUUGUGAAACGCUCAAAGAUUGAUGAGUAUCUGAAGUUACCGAAACCUCUUGAAGAAUCAAAACCGUCAAGCUUUCCAAAAGGCAUCUCUGCUUUUCAAGAGGCGUUCAUGAAAUCCCUAGUGCCGUCUGGAGGUGAAGUAAAGCAGGAAUCCGCAGAUUCUUCCUUGGCAGCAUCUGUGAAGAAAGAGGUCUGUAAUGGUUUUUCAGGGGAACAACUGAAAGCGGAGUUGCUGAAACCCGUUCCCAGUCAAGUAAAGAAUUCCCCUCAGAGUGUUACUCCUCAAGGGGAGAAUGGUGGAAGAUAUCAAGGCAGCACAGUUCUUCAGGGCCCUCAGACUUCGGUCAACAUCCCCGUGUCUUCUGGGGUUCCUGUCAACCCGACCAGCAUAGGCACUGCCCAGAUGGAGCACAAGUCGGCUGGCACAACGUCUGGUGUACCUGUAGCGGGUGUGGUGCUCCCAAAGAAGAUCCAGCCUCACCAGCUGCUCCGAGGCGGCCUCAAGCCCCACGAGCUGCUUCGUUCGGCGGGUGAGCCGUGCGGUGCGGUCACACUACAGCACAGACCUCCCCAGAGCUCAGCCAGUCAAGCGGCCUCGCUGGCUUCGUUCCCCGCGACUGCCGUCACUCCAUCGCAACUUCCGUUUGUGGCCGAUUCGGGUGUCUCUGUACGUAAGGCUGGUGCUGUGGGCUCUGCGAUGUCGCUGCCAGGGAGCGGUCCCAUGACAGUUGUUGAGAAGCCACAAGUGCAUGCUGGUCAUUUCUCCCCGCCGCUGCUGUCCCAAGCUUCUCCCCAUAACACUGCUCAGUGCAACCAGUUGCCGAUGUCUGGGGUUGGUCAGUCCACCGAUGGCCAUCAAGUGUGGGGGGCGCGACCUUCCUGGAUGCCCAAGCCCACCAAAGUGGAGGGUGGCGUGUGGGGGGCUCUGAGGGCCGAGAGUGAAAGGACCAAAGUGGCUGCCACCGUGCAGCAGAAUGAUGGUGCUGGACAACUGGUAAAACUGGCGGGGAAAGCUGUGCCCAGUGUGAAGUCUCCUGUAACAACACAGCCAGGUCCCACAGCCGGUCUGGUUAAGCUGCCAAAUGGUCAGAUUGUGAGUCUAACAGACGGUCGUCAACUACCGAUACAGCUUGCUAGUGUCUCCCAGCCUGUGCCUCCCAACAAUCUCGCAAACACUCCGGUGCAGGUGUCGUCCAAUGGUUUUGGUUCCAACAAGGCUACCUCGUAUUUCAAUCCCCCCUCUACCAACAACUCACAGCCACAGUUUGCGAGUCAAAACACCACGGCCUCUAUCCUUAACGGUUCUUUUCAAAGACAAAACACAAAUACACUGGUGGCACCACCGUCAGUACAGGAGAAUUUUCUACAGCUCAAAAUGGCCAAUGGGAGGCAAGAUGCUGCUCCCUGUGUCCAAACCUCAAAUGUCACUUCUCCAGCAGGACUCCUCCCCCAACCACAGGCUCAUCUCACCCAGCCUUCUGUCAUGAAUGUGAGAAUAAUCCGUUCUCCCGAGAGUAGCAUGGGAUCUCAACAGAUAUCUGGGAGUAACAUGGGAUCUCAACAGAUAUCCGGGAACAACAUGGGAUCUCAACAGAUGCCCAGGAACAACAUGGGAUCUCAACAGAUGCCCGGGAACAACAUGGGAUCUCAACAGAUGCCCGGGAACAACAUGGGAUCUCAACAGAUGCCCGGGAACAACAUGGGAUCUCAACAGAUGCUCGGGAACAACAUGGGAUCUCAACAGAUGCCCGGGAACAACAUGGGAUCUCAACAGAUGCCCGGGAACAACAUGGGAUCUCAACAGAUGCCCGGGAACAACAUGGGAUCUCAACAAGCGCCUGGGAAUGCCCCUAGUCAGCAGCCUGUGAUAAGUGGAGUGCAGAACACAUCUUUGCCAGCUCCUGUAGGUACUGGUUUCAAUGGUAGUUCAAACCAGUCUGGAUCUGAGUUUUUCAGGGUCUUGCCACAGAAUGGCUCUGUACAAACAGCUCCAGCCCAGCAGUUUGUGAACACCUUAGUAGGUCGGACUGGCACACAGCUUGGACUCAACCAGAACCAGAUUGUCGUGGGUCCCUCGGGACAGCUAACGGUCGUCACCUCCUUGCCUCAGUCAGCUUUCCAGGCUUUUCCUUCGCAAACUUUUCACACCAGUUUGCCCCUGAAGUCGUUUAUGGGUCAGAUCAUAGGUCAGCGAGGGGCUGUACCCCAGAUUGUUGUGAACCCGGGCCAAUUGGUGAGCGGGACCAAUGGGAGUACAAGCCAAGAGACAAAGGAUUCGAAUGCCUUUCAGUUUGUGCCUCAAACUGCUCCUACCACGAUCAAAGUUCAGGCUCCUGCACCGCCCACUCAAGCGUUUGCAUCUUCCCCAGCCUCUGCUGCUGGCAGCCUACAGACUGUAGCUACUAGUGUCCCUCAAAGCACUGUGAUCAAGGUCCGUGGAAGUGGGGGUUUGAACAUCUCUCCAGCGCUGCCAAGGCCAGACUGUACACCCAUUGUGUUCUCAAACUCCCUGGAUUCUGUUGGCACCGAAAGGAAUCAGAAACCAACUUCGCAACUCUUGAAUACUUUGUCGAGUGUCUCCAACACCGAGUCACGGGUACGAGAGAUACUCGCUCAGGCCCAGCGGACUGCCCUUUUGCAACAGCAGGAAAUAAUGAACACUCCGCUGGCUGAAGCUGCCAAGAGGAAGAAGCAGAACCCCGGCCAGAGGAGCAAACCAUCUGCUGGCAAAGCUAGUUUGUCCAAGGUCGCAUCUCGAUUUGUGGCUGCUCCCACUGUCUCUGCUUCCUCCUCACAGUGUACCGUUUCUGUCGCUGAGACUCUGCUGCAGAUGGCUCAGGGAGGAGUCGGGACCAACAGUCUCCCCACCACAUCCCUCGGACUCCUCUCCUCCAACUCCUCCAGUAAGGAAGAUCACGUGCACCUGCUGAAUAUAGACUCCAAUGUGAUCACUGUUCACAAGACCUCUUCCCCUAGCUUGCAGGGCGUGGUGGCACCACCCGUACUUGUCAGCAUGCAGUCGAGCACACCCUUAUCGGGCGCCCCCCUGUUGUUCCCUCAGACCGAUGUGCAUGGUGCUGACCAUUCCUUUGCCCCUGAGUUGACCCCUCAGAGGGGAAAACCAGACCUGCCCGUCAACCAGCAGAAGUCCCGCCCCCCGUCCCUGUCCCCUGCCCUCAGUGACAGAAUGCCCACACUGACCCCUUUCCAGUCCCCUGCUGUGACUAAUGGUGACAAUAUACCACUUCCCAUUGACAAUCCCUUGUGUGCUACCUUGGAGUCCUUCCGCCCCACAUCUUCGUUAUCCUCUACGUCGUCUUACCAAGACAUUUUUAAUUCUGCCGAGCUAAGAAAUGAUUUAUCCAUGCCUGAGUUGCGACAGCCGUCUCUAGAUGGCCAUCCCUCAUCUAACCUGACUCAGCUCGCCCCAAUGAAACAUUACUCCCCCACUAACCCUUCGACUUCCUCGUCUGCCUCGCCCGGUCUCGGAGAUCUCCACAUCCACACGGGAUCGUCGUUGUCCUCUGACCAACUGUUCCCACAGCUCUCCCCCCACAUCGAAGAGCACCACUACGCAGCUGUCGGCAUCCCUCGAUCCCACGGGCAGAGCGCCGGGACAGGGAAGCGCCCGGGGAAAAGCAGGUCUCGGAAAGCCGCCAAAACCAAACCUGACCCUGACACGACCCCUAAGCAGCAGUCCGUGGAUCUUCCUGCGUGCAGCCAGCCCCCCGAGAUGCCUCGUCUGUCCCCACAGGUGAGAAGCUCGUGGCCGUCAGAUCUUUGUCUCUGUGACCCGGCCAGCACUGACCCCAACUGGGUCAUCUCACCACCUUCAGUCCACCAUCUCACUACUCCUUUGAGCUCUCUUUCUCCCCGGCCCCGUGUCCUAGUCCCCUCCUUCCCUGAGCCCAGUGUAGCCAUGGCCUCAAGGCAGCUCAUCCCCCAGCCUAUCAUCACCAGCACCAGAGUAGCCCCUUCUAGUCGUUACCCCCCUCUUACAUUGCCGCCACAGCAAGCCAAACAACACAGUAAGAGAAAAAUCAAGCUGGGACAGGAGCAGUUGCGACAAACUGUCGAAGCAAAACGAUUGCAUGCUAGAACCCAGAAGUUGAGUCAAAGCGGGCCAAAGAAAGUGAAAAGUAAUGGGUCAGCAAAUGAAGAAGCCCCUCUGGCUGGGCAGGAAUAUGGUACCCCUCCAGUCUUGAUGCCAGAAAGUUUUUCUUGCACCUUAGAAGAAGAGAGGAGUACGCCUCCCGAAUUAGUUAUGGUUCAAGACCACGUUGCGACCUCUGCUCCUCCAAGCACGUCCGACCUAGGGUUGCUAGACGAACUGUCCUUGAGCAAAGGUAACAAGGCUUGGAGCCAGCUGACCUCUGCUGUCUCCAGUGAGACGGACAAAAAGAGAAAGAAGAAAGCGGGGACGGCAGGGCAGGCGAAAAAGCGAAACUUGAAAACCGCGAAGGACAGCACGGCAGCUCUGGGUGGCGAGGGAGAAAAUAUUGUCUGUGAAGCGUUGCAAGAGGUGUCACCUCUUGAUAACAGCCACCCACAGUUGCCGGGCAACCCUGCGGCCGCAACAACAACUACAACAGCAGGAGGGCAUAAUACCGUGACUGAUGACCUGGCUGGCGAGCGGCCAUUGUUCUCAGGCCUGGAGGAGGCGUGGGCCCGACCGGUCAACAAGUUGUGGAAGUGUAGUCCCCCGGACGAGGAGGCCGUGCGCCACUACAACUUAGUCAUGUCCACGCGAAGUCCCCACUGCACCGUGUGUUCCCUGUUCCAGAGAGUCAACACGGAGACCGAACUGGAUCUGUUUACGAGUGAUGAUAUCCUGCAGGGGGCGCCGUCAAUCCCGUCCCGGUCCCUGCCAAUGACCCCUGAGGCCUCGUUUGCCGUCAGUGCCUCCAACAAGACUCCGUUCUGCGACUACUCCCCGGUGGACGAUGACGGUCUCAGUGCCUUGUUGACCUGUAGCAGGUGUUGCGUCUGUGUGCACGCAAGUUGCUAUGGUGAGCUACAGUCCGUUUCUCCUGCCGACUGGCUGUGUUCUGCGUGCCGUUCUGUGGAGAAUAUGAGUAAUUUAUUCUGCGCUGUUUGCUGCCUGCGAGGAGGUGCUCUGAAGCCCACCACGGACGGCCGCUGGGCUCACAUUGUUUGUGCUCUGGCUAUUGGAGAGGCUUUCUUCAAGAACGUCCGAGCAAGGGCUCCCAUUAACAUUGCCAAGAUCACAGCUGAACGCUUUAAACUGAAAUGUUCGCUAUGCAGCCACAAGCUGGAGCCCUCAGUGAGCCAUCAGACGGCAUGUGUCCAGUGCUCCCAGGGCCGCUGCACCAAAGCCUUCCACGUGACCUGUGCCUACGCGGCGGGGGUGAAGUUUGAGAUCAGCGACUGGCCCGUGCCCAUCUACAUCUCGUGCGCCCGCCACCUGGCCACGCAGCACCGCACGGAGCGACAGGAAGAGCUGCUGGAGCUGACCGCCGGCGACCUGGUGCUGGCCAAACACCGCAACAAGCGCUAUUACAAGGCCAAGGUCGUGCACGUGCUGCGGAACAGGCUUUAUGAGGUGGACUUUGACGAUGGCUCCUACAGUGAGGAUCUGCUGCCCGAAGACGUUGCGGGGAGGGACUGUGUGCGCGAUGGCCCGCCACAGAAAGGGGAGCACGUCCGCAUCCGCUGGACAGAUGGCGAUUUGUACGGGGCAACUUUCCGCAGGGUCAACAAACAGGAUGUGUAUACCAUUGAGUUUGAGGACGGCUCUCAGCUGCAGGCGAAGAGGGAAGACCUGUGGGCGGAGCAUGAAGAAAUCCCCAGAUAUGUGCUCACCAAAGUGUCGGAGGCCACGGAGAGCAAGUCGAGGCAAGGUGACGGGCAGCUGGGGCAGGACGGGAGGCGAGUCAAGAGGAAAGUCAACUACAAGAUGUUGGGCUACCAAGGAGGCCUUAGCCUCUGAGACAUCUCUUUGUGGGAGACUUCUCCCGUAUUUCCCUUACUUACUUACUUGGUUGGAGAAUAGACAUCAUUGCAGGCGGUACAAUGCCAUAGCUGCUCCGCCCUCCUCU